AUGGCGGAAGGAAACUACGGACUCCGCAGUCCGGAAGAAUACUAUGCCAGCCUCCAAGGCACACAAGGCUCGUUGGGGUCCAAAUUCCAGAGUAUUGAUGACGAGACGAAUUUUGGGGAUUACAUGCAGCGGCUGAAGAAUCCGCUGAUGAGGAGCUUUGUGCUGGACUUUGGGAAUGAAGAUGCGUACUGCGCGACGGAUUUGGAUACGGGGGAUUUUCGGGGCUUGUUGAGUAGACCGAGGGCAAAGUGCUUUGGGACUAGGUGGAUUCAUAUUUGGAAUCCAGAACAACAAAAGGAGACAGUUAAAAUUAUUACAUCCGACUACGGUGUCUCUGAACGACUACAAGGCAUGAUGUAUACCGAGCCUUUCCAUGCCGCGCCGCCAACGGCUACAGCCCCGCCCAAGAAGACAAAGCGAGUAUCUGCCCAAAUAGUCGACUUUGAACUCGACGACAUCGAGAGUGCACCUGCCGUGACGGAGAAUUACCAGCCCACGUCAUUCGGAGACAUCACGUUUGGGCAAGUCACAGACCAGAUUUGGCAUUUCUCUUCCGUGGAUUACGGUCCCCGAUAUACUUGCAUCGGCUACAACACAUUAUUUGUAGCGCCUGAUGUACCGGUGGAAAAUGGCAAGGAUUUGCCCCAAGGCACACGGCUCUGGUCAUGGCUAAUCCUGUGCAAUGAUGGGACUAUUAUCUCAAUUCAAGAGAACCCUUUCCCCCAAAUCCAGACGUUAUCCGAGAAAGAGCGGACUGCGGUGCUAGCCGUCAUCCGUCGGAAUAUUCGGUUCAUCUUUUCCGGCAUCUCAAAGCAGCAUCCUAAUAAGUCGCAGAGUGAGUCGUUGGUGACGGUUCGAGUACGAAAUUUCCAUGAUACCGGACCGGACCAGGCAAAUAUCAAGCCGGAGGACGGGUCGAGUUUGCUGUUCUACUAUCUAUUCGACGACUGGGUGUCAAGCUUUGGGUUGAUCGCGAAGCGUCAGCACACGUAUGGGGUGUCCCUGGAAGAUCUGAGAAAACAAAUGCUCGAGCGGCCUAUGGUCGACCUUGUUGAUGAACUCCACUGGCUGGGACGACGACUCGGAGUUCUCAAGCGACUAUAUCAGAGCUACGAGCUCAUCAUGCGACGUCUCCUGCAGCGGCAGCGAUUGUUGCGUGACGAGGCCCGCUCCUCCAAUGCUCCGUCCAAGUCCAUUGGAAACACUUUUACAGAAUCCGACUUUGCUGAACUCCGGCAAGCGAGUAUCCUCAGCGAUGGAAACCGGGUUGGGCCGAACGACAAGCCGGUUGGUGUCGCUUUGAGCUCGGCGGCGGUGGCCCGGUUUGAGCGGCUGGUUGACCGUAUCAACCUAUAUUGUCUGAGCGAGAUUGACACCUGCCUCCUUGAAAAAGAGUCAUUGACAUUCCUGAACUUCAACUUGAUCGCGCUCAAGGACUCCCAGGCUGUGGAGAAAUUGACACGGAUCACCAUCUUGCUCGCCAAAGCCACCAUGCUGUUCCUGCCCGUCAGCCUGAUGACGGCGUAUUUCUCAACGGAGCUCAAGGGUGUCAAGGGCGGGUACAGCCAGGUAGAAUACUGGGUGGCCUUUGUGGUGAUAUUCGUGGUGACCGUUUUAGUCUUGACCGUUUUUGGGUACGCCAGCGACACCGUGGAAGGCAAGACGAUCUAUCGCUCGUUAGUGAAGACGUUUUUCCGACGAUCACGACAACGGAUCACUGGGCGUGGAGGACGUCGGGACUGA